AUGACUUCCAUCGAGGAGAGAACCUUCAUCGCCAUCAAACCCGACGGUGUGCAGCGAGGACUGGUCGGGGAGAUCAUCAAGCGCUUCGAGCAGAAAGGAUUCAAACUGGUGGCCAUGAAAUUAAUACAUGCCUCUGAAGACCUUCUGAGAGAACACUACAUUGACCUCAAGGACCGACCGUUCUACGAUGGCCUAGUGCAGUAUAUGCACUCGGGACCUGUUGUAGCCAUGGUGUGGGAAGGUCUUAACGUGAUUAAGACUGGAAGAGUGAUGCUAGGGGAAACUAAUCCAUUCGAUUCCAAGCCUGGCACUAUUCGUGGGGACUUCUGCGUUCAAGUUGGAAGGAACAUCAUUCAUGGAAGUGAUUCUGUGGAAAGUGCUGAGACAGAGAUCAAUUUGUGGUUCACUUCUGAAGAACUGGUUGAUUACAGAAGCUGUGCUCACGAGUGGAUCUAUGAUUAA